GUGAACAGUUGUGAGACAGAGCUCCUUUGAGGACAGCUUAACUCAACUCUGACUGAGCCCAGUCAUUCAUUGAUGGGGUGCUCCAGGACGGGAUGUGCACUGACUUGGGUCACAAAUGGAUUUUUAGCCUGACUGCGGAGACUGCCCUGGUAAUGGUUCCAAGGAUCCUCUUAAGCCCGAGUACAGAGUACCGAUGGCUACAGGCUGCCUGUCAGACAGAUUAAAACCGUGUUUGUACCAGUCUCCGAAGGAGACUCCUCCCUCCAGUGUGUUCCGGUCCCUUGGGCUGGAGGCCGAAGGCCCGGAAGGGGGCUACACCGAGGAGUUUGUGGAGCCAGUUGAUGACAAGUACAGGUGUGAGCAGUGCCACCGGGUACUGCGCAAUGCCAAACAGACGGCGUGUGGGCACCGGUUCUGCGAGAGCUGCAUUGACGCUCUGCUCAGGAAUCCAGGUCAGGUUUGCCCAGCUGAUCAGCAGAUCCUUUAUGGCACCAAGGUGUUCAAUGAUAAUUGUUGUCGGAAGGAAAUAAUGGGGCUGAUGGUUUAUUGCAGGAACCACAAAAGUGGCUGCAAGGAGCAGGUAGUCCUGGGUGCAUUGGAGGGCCACUUGAAGAGCUGUUCCUUCCAGCGAGUGCCAUGCUCCCGUUCAGGUUGUACUGAGCUGGUUCUGCAGCAAAACCUCAGGGAACAUCUGAUGACCAAAUGUAAACAGCGGCAAGUGAAGUGUGAACACUGCCAAAAGGAGACAACAGUGGCUGAGUUAAAGAAACAUGAAAGCAGUGAGUGUCCAUCAACUCUGAUCAGCUGUCCAAAGUUCUGCGGGACACGGAUUCAUCGAGCUGAGCUCAAAGACCACACGUUCGAGUGUCUCAAAGAGGAGAGGUGUUGCGAUUUUAGUAGCUAUGGAUGCACUUUCAAGGGAACAAAUCCUCGCCUUAAAGAGCACGAGACACAGUUUACCCAUCAACACUUGACGCUAGUUUUGUUGAAGAACAAGACGCUGGAGGAGAAGGUCUCCGAUCUUGAAAGUGAGAUAACAAAGAAGCAAACUGUCUUAGACAGGCUGUCCAGCAAAGUUCAGGAAAUGGAGAAGGAACUAUCUUCGAAAAGCCAACUGGUUAAUAAAAGUGAUGUUGAAAUGAACUCAUUAAAGAAGAUAUUGGCUGCACAUGCUGAGAAACUGCAUAAAGUUGAGAGUGAUCUGCUGGAGAGGCACAAGUUGGAAGACGUUUUAAAACAGGACAUUCUGUGGAUUAAGUAUAAAACAGAGAACCUGAGCAGCAGAGUUUCAAGUGUAGAAAACAGUCAGAACACACUGUGCCUGUACAAGGGCAGCAGUAUUCCAGGCUCGAUUGAGCAUCAGGUGACACAGCAUGACGAAAUGCUCGGCAUCCAUGAGGUCCGUCUGGCAGACAUCGACCUGCGCUUCCAGAUGCUGGAGACGGCCAGCUACAACGGACGGCUGAUAUGGAAGAUCCAGGAUUAUGAGCGGAGGAAGCGGGAGGCCAUCUCCGGGAAGACACUCUCGCUCUACAGCCAACCAUUCUACACCAGCUCGUUCGGGUACAAGAUGUGCGCCCGUGUGUAUCUCAAUGGGGAUGGAAUGGGUAAGGGCACGCACCUGUCGGUCUUCUUUGUGGUGAUGCGUGGAGAGUAUGACUCCCUGCUGACCUGGCCCUUCAGGCAGAAAGUGACCCUCACCCUGCUUGACCAAGGACUGGGCAAGGGCCAUGUGUCGGACACAUUCAAGCCCGACCCCAACAGCAGCAGCUUUGGACGGCCCCAGGGGGAGAUGAAUGUGGCUUCGGGUUGCCCUCUGUUUGUCGCCCAGACGGUUCUGGAAAACAAAAACCGGCAGUACAUCAAAGAUGACACCAUCUUCAUCAAGAUAACCGUGGAUGUAUCGGACCCCCCAGAGCUUUGAAACCUCUUACUCAUUCCACUGGAAUCGUGCAAUAGUCCCAUGGUCAAGAGCUUAUUGCUUUGAAAGUGUUCAGAAGUGUGCUUGACACCAUCCUUUUGAGACUGAGAUCUGGGGCCAGACAGUAACUUAUAAAACUCUGUUAGCUUCUUGUAACUGUUAUCAAAAUAUUUUAUAUGAUAUAGUAUUAUUAGCCUCUGUUAUGAUAAUGUAUUAUUAUUCACUGACUGUUACUCCACUCCCAUGUUUAAAGGGAAAUACAUCUUUGUUUCAGAUAUAUUUUUAUGGAAAGAAUAAUUAAAUUUUUAAUUGUUAUUGCAAGAGUGCAGGAUGCAUUUCAUUUUUGUGUCUAUUGGUACAGCAAGAUCCCAAGAGUAUUGGAAGAGCAGGCUUGAGGAGCAGGCAAUGGAUGGACCCCCUAACGGCCUAAAACCUUGACUUGACCUUGAUUACCAAAACAUAGGAUAUACACUCAGUGGCCACUUGAUCAGGUCCACCUGUACAUCUGCUUGUUAACACAUCUGUCUAAUCACCAGUCAUGUGGAAGCAACUCAAUGCAUGAAAGCAUGCAGACAUAGUCAAGAGGUUCAGUUGUUGUUCAGACCAAACAUCAGAAUGGGGAAGAAAGGUGACCUAAGUGACUUUGACUGAUUGUUGGUGCCAGAUGGGGUGGUUUGAGUAUCUCAGAAACUGCUGAUCUCCUGGGAUUUUCACACACAACAGUGUCUAGAGUUUACAGAGAAUGGUGUGAAUACAAAAAAAAAACAUCCAGUGAGUGACUGUUCUGUGGGCAAGAAUGCUUUGUUAAUGAGGAAGGUCAGAGGAGAAUGAUCAAACUGGUUCGAGCUGACAGGAAGGUGACAGCGACCCAUAACAUGUUACAAGGGUGGUGUGCAGAAGAGAAUGCACGACAUGUCAAACCCUGAGGUGGAUGGCCACGGACGUACACGCAGUGGCCAGUUUAUUAGGAACUGGAGGUGGCAGUUACCAAGGAAGAUCAGCACAGACAGACAGUGCAAAGCACAGCCAUGAUGAGUUAGGCGUGAGGUCACGAGCCCAUUGUGUUGCACAACAAGUCUUUUCCAGAGACGAGCAACAGUGGGAUUCAAGCUGGCACGUGUUCUCAGGCUUUUUUAUCUUCUGCGCGAUGGGAGUGGGGAGAAGAGAGGGUGCAGGGGUUUCGCUGAACAGCCCAGUCUAAUUUUCCCUGCAGUGCUGCAAAAGGCGUGUUUCCAUGGAAACAACACCAUCUCACCGAUGCUUAAGUGAUAUCCAUGGCACCAGAGCAUCUCUGACCGGAGGACAGCAAAGCAAUUGGAAACACCUUGUGAUUCAACUGAAUUUCAGCCAUGUAUUGUUGAAAAUUAACACCAUGACGUGGCUGAGUUUCUUGGCCUUAGUUUUCUAAGCAAACUGAACUAAUUUUUGAUUGUAGAAUCUAGGUGUUUGUAGGGACCCCAUUAAGUACUUACAAAAUCUCUUGUAUUUAAUCUGGUAGAAAUAUAACACUGUGCAAAAGUCUUCAGCACAUGUAGCUGGUGUGUCGAAGACUUCUGCACAGCACUGGAGCAGCUUAUAAACAUGAGAACUUCUGCAGAACACACACAAAAUACUGGAGGAACACAACCGGUCAGUCAGCAAUAAACAGUUGACAUUUCGGGGGUCCUGAAGAAGGGUCUUGGCCCAAAAUGUCAACUGUUUAGUCACUUCCAUAGAAGCUGCCAGACCGUCUGAAUUCCUCUAGCAUCAUGUGUAUGUUUCUGCAAUAAUUUUAUGUAUUACACUGUAUUGCUGCUGCAAAACAAAACAAAAUUUGACAGAUG